GGCAGAGUCACUUUUUUUCAGCGCAGGAAAAGGUUCGAAGGGCAUUUAGACAAGCCACCUCGCAGCGCCCGGCCGCUCCCUGCCCCUCGGAGACGUGCGCCCGGCCCAUUUUAUACGCGACGAUUUCGGGGGUAAAGAGAGCAAGUUUUUCCUCCUUGAGCAAACUGCAGAUUUUCCCUCUUCCCCUUAAAAAAUACCGCAGCCCGCCUUGUCUUGCAGGAAGAACCGAGGUUGGGAUCCACUCCUCUGGCCAUGCUUGCUGCUACCUGUAAUAAGAUCGGCAGCCCCAGCCCGUCUCCCUCCUCCCUCUCGGACAGCUCUUCUUCCUUCGGCAAAGGCUUCCACCCGUGGAAACGUUCCUCGUCCUCCUCCUCCGGCAGCUGCAACGUAGUGGGUUCCAGUCUCUCGAGUUUCGGCGUGUCGGGGGCCUCCCGGAACGGCGGUACGUCCUCGGCGGCGGCGGCAGCCGCGGCGGCCGCGGCGGCGGCCGCGGCCCUGGUGUCCGACUCGUUCAGCUGCGGCGGCUCGCCGGGCUCCAGCGCCUUCUCACUAACCUCCAGCAGUGCCGCGGCCGCGGCCGCCGCCGCCGCCGCCGCCGCCUCUAGCUCGCCCUUCGCAAACGACUACUCGGUGUUCCAGGCCCCUGGUGUAUCAGGGGGUAGCGGCGGAGGGGGCGGCGGCGGCGGCGGCGGCUCCUCGGCGCACUCGCAGGACGGCUCCCAUCAGCCUGUGUUCAUUUCCAAGGUGCACACCUCGGUGGACGGGCUGCAGGGCAUCUACCCGCGCGUGGGCAUGGCGCACCCAUACGAGUCGUGGUUCAAGCCCUCGCACCCGGGCCUGGGAGCCGCCGGCGACGUGGGCUCGGCCGGCGCCUCCAGCUGGUGGGACGUGGGCGCCGGCUGGAUCGACGUGCAGAACCCGAAUGGCGCGGCGGCGCUGCCCGGCUCGCUGCACCCUGCCGCCGGGGGGCUCCAAACCUCGCUGCACUCGCCGCUCGGAGGCUACAACUCGGAUUACUCGGGCCUGAGCCACUCAGCCUUCAGCAGCGGCGCCUCCUCGCACCUGCUUAGCCCCGCCGGGCAGCACCUCAUGGACGGCUUCAAGCCAGUGCUGCCUGGCUCCUACCCGGACUCGGCCCCGUCGCCGCUGGCCGGCGCUGGGAGCUCUAUGCUGAGCGCUGGGCCGUCGGCGCCGCUGGGGGGCUCUCCGCGCUCCUCCGCACGCCGCUACUCGGGUCGCGCCACCUGCGACUGCCCCAAUUGCCAGGAGGCGGAGCGGCUGGGCCCGGCCGGUGCCAGCCUGCGGCGCAAGGGCCUGCACAGCUGCCACAUACCAGGCUGCGGGAAGGUGUACGGCAAGACGUCGCACCUCAAGGCGCACCUGCGCUGGCACACGGGCGAGCGGCCCUUCGUGUGCAACUGGCUCUUCUGCGGCAAGCGCUUCACGCGCUCCGAUGAGCUGCAGCGGCACCUGAGGACCCAUACCGGUGAGAAGCGCUUCGCCUGUCCUGUCUGCAACAAACGCUUCAUGCGCAGCGACCACCUCAGCAAGCACGUGAAGACGCACAGCGGCGGUGGCGGCGGCGGCUCGGCCGGUUCGGGUAGCGGCGGCAAGAAAGGCAGCGACACCGACAGCGAGCACAGUGCCGCUGGCAGCCCGCCCUGCCACUCCCCGGAGUUGCUGCAGCCCCCGGAGCCCGGGCACCGCAAUGGCCUAGAGUGACGCCCAUUCCGUGGCUGCCCAUCUCCUCGACCCCCUCCCGUCCCGGUCCGCUUGGGCCCCGUCUGCCCCAGCCUCUGUUCCAGCCUCUCUCCACUGCAUCCUGCUCGCACUUUCUGUCUCUUUCUCUCUCACUUAACUCAUUCUGUGACUUUACUUUGUAAAGGGCAUAUGGACAUGUAAGUAACACGCUCUCCUGGGCCCUGGCUUUCCCACUCCACCAGGUAACACUGUCAGAACCCCGUGAAGCCGUAACCGCCGGGUCUUUAUUUCUCAUCCUCUCCUCGUCCUCUCUCUGCCAUCCCCAGGUUGUGACGGGCAUAUCUUUUAGAGGGAAACGGCCGCUGGAGGUAGAGCUGGACGAGCAUAGUGCCUGGGAGACCGGGGGCCUAUGCACGAGCGGGAACAACUCCGCUGAGCACGGUGGAGCGACGCCGUGGGGAGGGCAAGGCAGGAGGCCCGGACAGGGCAUUCCCACUGGGGCAGCCGCUCACUGUGUUCCGGAACCUCAGUAUCAGGGGGCUCGGCAUCUGAGAGUCCAGCCUGGCCGCUGCGUGCCGCUGCCCUCCUUGCGCAGAGCUGUUGCAACUGCGUCGGGGUGCCGAUCUGGCGGCACCAAGACCCGAAGUUUGCGGAGUUAGCUCUCCCAACGUCAGCUCUGCCUCCUUUCCUUUGUUCCCUGAGGUGGAACCGAUUCAAGUUUCAGCUAAGGGCAGUCUUGGCGAAUCGCUGCAGCAGCCUUCUUUCAUCUUUAUAACAUUUUUUUUUUUUAACUAAAAAACUAAAGAAAAAAAUGACAGCAUUCUUCCACUUCGUUUCCCUUCUAGAUAGUUUUUCCUCUAAGCAGUGAGCAAGUCUUUCUCUCGAAACUGCUAAUAUCGAUCCCAAAGUUAUUUUGAUUGCAUUAACUUAACUUAUGGGGUGGGGGUGGGGUGAGGGUAGGUGUCUUUUUCUUAUGCAAAAAUACCCCUUUCCGGUGAGACCAGAUUAACUAUCUCCGUGUUUGUCCUUUUCUACCUCGUUUUUCACCGCUCCUGAGCAUAAUCUCCCAAUCUUUUUUUGGUAGUCCAGCCAUCAAUUUGUAUUGUACCCAUUUCUGUAAAUUCUUGGAAUUCAUUCAAGAUUCUUAGGGUUAAACUUUUUUGUGUGUGAUUUAAACUUAUAAACACGUGAAGAAGCUAUCGUUUAUUUAAGACGAGGCUGUAGUUUAAAUGCCAAAAGAGGGAAAAUAGGAAAAAAAAAAACCUUUGUAAAAUAUAUCUGAACCUAAUGGUUUGUACAACUGGAGAAUCGUUCUAGAUUAGUUACCAAUUAAUUAUAACUCCACCAGUGUAUGGGUGUGAGGUGCAGCUGUCCAGGAGACGAUUUUGUAUAGUAUUUUUCUUGUACAUUACUUCCAGUAAAUAUUUGAAAAUAUAUUGAAGUAAAGUUGAUUUUGUCACAAAAAAUAUUAAGAGUUAUUGUGGCAGUGCUGAAGAGCUGCAGGUAUUUUGAACUCACUUCUGGAGGUGCAGAGCCACAAACGCACUUUCGGGGCUUAGUUUUGCUCGAAUAUGAAUUUAGAUAGGUAUCAAACUGUAACUACGACAAUAUUUGAUAAAUGUGGGAUGACAUUUAAUUUAAUGGAGCAUGUACUUAUUUGCAUUUGCUGGCAGUUCAGGCAUAGUUAAAGUGAGAGUUCUCCUAUAUUUCAUAAUAACUGGGUCUGCCAAAACCCAUGUAUUAAAUAAAUUGUCCAAGUGAAACUCAACUAACUUUGGCCUUUGUGUAUUUCCUGAAGGUAAUAUUGUUAACUGUUAAUAAACACUCCUGACACUACAUUUAAAUGUUUGCAGAUUUUGCAAACUAAUUGCUCAUUGUAAUGUUGAAAUAAUUUGGAUAUUUCACAUUGAAAUGAAAAGCCUUUCUCUGGAACAUUUUAGACUUGCAUUUUAAAUGCAUGAGAUGUAAUUGAUUUAUUUGUAAUAUUUUAAAUGGUAUUAAUAAACUCAGAUAAAAGACUAGGCCAGUUAAUUUGUAUUUUUUUUCUUUUAAAAAUAUGGACAUUUGCAUUUUAUCUCAGUUAAAUGUCUAAUUUAAGCAAAGUAUAACCCUGUUUUUGUAGGAAUAUUUAAAUAAUUGCCUUUAAGAUAUUACUUAGAUGGAAUGAUCUAUUUGGCAAAGCUGUGUUUCUCUAUUUACCAAGAUUAAGAUUAUAGUGUCUAAGAAAUGUCAUUAAUUAUUUACCAGUAGAUUUAGCUCAAAGCAUCAGGAUUUACUGACCUCUUAAAAUUUGUACUAAGUCACCAAACAAUUCAAAGAAAUUUCCCUGUUCUGCUUUCUUCUUUCCAGAAGGAGUCAGGUUAUUGGCCAUUGAUUGUAUUUGGUAUUUAAAAGGCCAAGCCUUACAUUGGAAGAUCAAUACAUCUAAAAUAAAAACAUGGGUUUGGGGAUAACUUUUGUUGUUAGGGGGUGGAGGAGGUCAAGCGAACAAAAGCUUGUUUUUGGCAUUCCAUGUCUUAGCUAAAGAUUAUGUAGAAGUAAAUAUCAGUAGUAGAUUCCUGCUGAAAUGAGUUAUCUGUUCUUUUAAAGUCUCUAAACAGCCACCAAAGAAAAGGAAGGUUAAACCUUAAUCUAUUUACUAGGCUAUUGUUCAUAGGUGUCAAUGAUGCCAAUAAAAAAAUAUUGUCUUGUUAUGUCUAA